GCAUAUCGCAUUUCGACCAAGUCAAUGAUGCGGCUGAUAACCUAGCCACGCCCCCUGCCUAGGUCGCUUUCCGGUUCCGGUUGUGGGAGCCCCGGGGCUGCAGAGUGAAAACGCCAAGCUCCCAGAAUGCCUUUCCUCCACGGCUUCCGGAGGAUAAUCUUCGAAUACCAGCCACUGGUAGAUGAGCUGCUUGGUGCGGUGGGCAUACAGGACCCGGAUCAGGCAGAAGAGGCACCAGACACUGCCAGUUACCUGGUCGGACACAAUGACAAGUUUCUAGCUUUGAAUGAACUUCUGGAGAGGCACUCUGACUCGGCCUAUUACAAGGAUGGGAUAAGUUACUCUCUGCUAAAGGUGGCUGAACUGGGACUGGUCCCCGCUGCUGAAAUCCUCCUGCAAUACGGGGCUGAUCUUAGCUUUGAGGAUCCAGUGACGUAUUACACAUCUCUACACAUCGCAGUGCUGAGAAACCAGCCUGACAUGGUGGAGCUGCUGGUGCAGAAUGGAGCUGAUAUUAACAAAAGGGAUCGGAUCCAUGAAAGUAGUCCCCUGGAUUUGGCAAGUGAGGAGCCAGAAAGACUGCCCUGCCUUCAGCGACUACUGGACCUCAGCGCCGAUGUGAAUGCAGCUGACAAAAAUGGUAAGACGGCACUGCUUCACGCCCUUGCCAGCAGCGAUGGAGUUCAGAUCCACAACACUGAAAAUAUCAGGCUCUUGCUGGAAGGAGGUGCUGAUGUAAAGGCCACCACCAAGGACUGUGACACCGUAUUCUCCAGCAUCAUCUUCCUGUUAGGAGAGACGGUAGGAUCCGACAAAGAAGAGGCCAAGCUGAUCAAUACCUUCUGCUUCCGGGUCAGCCAGCUCCUGAUGUCCCACGGGGCCGACCCCAGUGACUGUCCAUCUCAUGAGUCCCUCACCCACACAUGUCUCAAGAGCUUCAAUCUCCACUUCCCUCUCUUGCGCUUUUUGCUGGAGUCCGGCGCGCCCUACAACUGCUCUCAGCAUGGUCCUUCCUGCUGGUCCGGCUUCCACAUCAUGUUUGAUAGGCUCUGUUCUUACCUGGGCAGCUGUGAGGACUGUGACUCUCUGGAACUGCUGAACAAAGCAGAAAGUGUGCUGGACCUCAUGAUAGCCCAGUCUCCUCUCAUCUCCCUGCCCAGGAACUUUGAAGUAAACCCAGCGAGCUGCAUUGUCCAUGCAGAUAGAGUGACUGUCCUAUACCAGUCUCUGAAACAGCUGGAGCAGUCCCCUCCUUCCUUAAAGCACUUGUGCAGGGUCUUCAUUCGCCAGAGGCUCAGACCGUGGCCUGUAGAUGUAAAGGUGAAGGCUCUUCCCCUACCAGACAGGUUGAAGUGGUACCUCCUCAUUCACCCCACUGCCUCCUCAGAGGACGAUCUAUAACAGCCUGGCCUGAAAAGACUCUACGCCAAGCUUAGGCAACCUUUGGAGGUCCAACUUCCAGCAUGCUUUGGAGACUGACGGGUGGUCCAAGCUGGUGUUACCCAGUCCUAUGAUUCUGUGUGUUGGUGACACAAAAUAAUCAUUUCAGCUUCCAUAGCACAGAGACUUCCCCCCUCAUCCUGCGAAUCCCUCCUGUGUGUGACGUUAUCAUGUUGUUUGGUAAUUGAAGGCUGAUCCAUUUCACCGAUGCCUGUGCUGUCAUUGCAUGUGUCACAUUCCCCAUAGCCAAACCUCAUAGGAAUCCUAUUUAUUCCAAUAAACAGUCAUUUUCCAUAGGAUACUUUUAUAUCUAUCGGUGGGUUUCCAUUACCGGGCUAGGUCACCUCCAGUGGUAAACCUGACAUGACAGCAGUGUAUGAAAAGUAAGACAUGGAAGUAAUUUGUAUGAUAUGAAUGCCUUUUGAAAAUGUUAAUUAUAUGAAGGUGCUCCCAUGCAAGAGUCAUAUUCUCUAACACAUACCCAGGAAUUUGAUAAAUGCUUGCAUCAAGGCAGAAUUAAAUAAAAAUGGUCAGUGCUUA